AUGUGUAGGUGUACAAAAUCUUCCGGGCACUGCUAUAAACAAGAAGAACCCAUUUUUGACCCAUCAAAGUCCACCACAUAUUCCAACAUCACCUGUAAGUCGGCGCUGUGUUCCCAACUCAGGUCCGCCCCCGGCAUCUCACCCGGUUGCUCCACCUCCACCUGCAUUUAUGCCACACAGUACGGCGAUAAGUCAUUCUCCAUCGGGUACUUCGGACAAGAGAAGCUCACCUUAACGUCCAACGACGUGUUUAAUAGCUUCCUAUUCGGUUGUGGCCAAAACAACCGCGGCCUUUUCCGCGGUUCCGCCGGCUUGCUUGGUCUUGGUAGGGGAAAACUAUCCAUUGUAUCACAAACUGCUCAAAAGUAUGGCAAGUACUUCUCCUACUGUCUUCCAUCGUCGUCAAGCUCCACCGGACACUUAACGUUUGGAAAGAAUCGAGUUUCGAGCACCGUGAAAUUCAUACCACUGUCAAUAAACUCACAAGGCCCAUCAUUUUACUUCAUUGAUAUUACAGGAAUAAGUGUCGGUGGACGUCAACUAUCGAUCAGUUCAUCAGUGUUCAAGACCGCUGGAACCAUUAUAGACUCCGGAACAGUCAUAACUCGUCUACCUCCGGCGGCUUACAAAGCCUUGAGAACAACUUUUCGGCGACAGAUGACACAAUACCCAAUGGCACAACCCACUUCGGUACUAGAUACUUGCUAUGACUUGAGCAGUUAUUCAACUGUGACGAUUCCAACGAUAGGCUUCUUCUUCAAUGGCAAUACAUAUAUUGACAUAGAUGCGUCGGGGAUUCUUGCUGGGUCGAGUGCAUCGCAGUUCUGCUUGGCUUUCGCCGGAAACAGUAAUGCCUCUGAUGUGGGCAUUUUCGGGAGUGUUCAGCAGGGGACGUUGGACGUGGUGUACGAUGUAGCCGGAGGGAAACUAGGGUUUGGCCUAGGUGGGUGUGCUUAAACUGAGUUUAUGGAAAAAACAAAACCUUUAAAAUAGCUCCUAAAUGUAACAAACAAGGCUUGAUAUAUUUAGGCUUAAAGGGUUCGUCUAUCCAUUUGCGAAAGCAAGGGAUACAAAAUAAUGUAAGCUGAAAAAGUUCAGAAAAUGUAAUGUCUACUAGCAAAAUAAAGAGUGAAAGAAUAUGUAUAAAUUCUUAGCUCAUCCUUUAUUACUUGCAUGCAUGGUUUUCAUAUGAAUAACG